CGCCAUGCUUCUCCUAUGCCCCCUCCUCUCCCCCUCCGCCGCCGCCUCCUCCCCGACCCACCCCUCCCCGCCGCCGCCCGCCUCUCCCGCUCCGAACCCUUUGUCUCCUCCUCCUCCGAUGACGACGACGACGACUCCCCCCUCUCCGCAGAUCUCUUCCCGCGCGCCGGCGCGCCCACCCUCCUCACCGUCGCGCGGGGGCUCGCCGCCGCCGACGACCCGGUCCCCUCCGCGUCCACCGUGCUCGCCUUCCUCCGCCGCCUUCCCCACGACGCCUCGCCGCACCUCUUCCCCCACCUCGUCGCCGCCCUCUCCCGCUCCCGGGGGGGCGGGGGCGGGGGCGGGGGCCCCCUCCUCGCGCUCCGCCUCUUCCUCGCCCCGCUCCACCCGGCCGCCGUCACCCACCACUCCUUCAACUCCGCGCUCCUCCGCUUCCCGCUCCCGCCGCACCUCCUCCCGCCCUUCUUCUCCCGCUCCCUCCGACGCUUCCCCGGCCGCCUCGCGCCCACGCUGCUCUCCUUCAACCUCCUCCUCAAGUGCGUCUGCUCCUCUCUCGUCCCGAGGGAUCCCGGCCGCUACCUCGACGUCGCGCUGCGGAUCCUCCACGAGAUCAUCCCGGGGUGGGAUCUCGCGCCGGAUAAGUUCACCUACUCGACGGUGGUGUCCGCGCUCGCCGAUGCGGGCCGGGUGGAUGACGCGGUGGCGCUGGUGCACGAGAUGGUGGCGGAUGGGGUGGUUGCGGCCGAGGCGUUUAACCCCGUUCUGAGGGCGAUGCUGCGCGCCGGGGAUGUCAAGGGAGCAGCCAAGCUGUUUGGGUUUAUGCAGCUGAAGGGGUGCGUGCCGACCACCGCGACAUACAAUGUGCUGGUGCAUGGUCUGCUGGUGUGCGGGAGGGCCGGGGCGGCAAUGGGGGUGAUGAGAAGGAUGGAGAGGGAGGGGGUGGUGCCAGGGGUGAUGACGUACGGGGCAGUGGUGGAUGGACUGGUGAGAUGCGGGAGAGUGAAGGAUGCGUGGAAGGUCGCGGAGGAGAUGGAGAGGAACGGUCUUGCAUGGAAUGAAUUUGUGUACUCAACUGUCAUAACAGGAUUUUGCAAGUCUGGGGAAAUUGACUGUGCGUUGAAGGUGUGGGAGGCGAUGGUGGCAAGUCCGGUAAGGCCAAAUGUUGUUUUAUAUUCAGCAAUGAUUGGUGGCCUUGCCAAUUUUGGGAAGAUGACGGAGGCUGAAUUGUUAUUUCGAGAGAUGAUUCAUUCAAAAUGUGCGCCAAAUAUCAUUACUUAUGGGUCGAUUAUUCAAGGAUAUUUCAAAAUUGGAGAUACGUCUCGGGCUCUUUCUGUCUGGGAGGAGAUGAUAGGGGCUGGGUGCGUGCCAAAUGCUGUUAGUUACAGCAUAUUGAUCAAUGGACUCUGCAAUGUAGGGAGAUUGAAGGAUGCUAUGAUGGUCUGGAAGCACAUGCUUGACCGUGGCUGUGCACCUGACACAAUUGCUUAUACUUCAAUGAUCAAGGGCUUAUGUGUUUCCGGAAUGGUGGAUGGUGGUCUUCGAUUAUUUUAUGACAUGCUGGCAAGUGGUCAUGCUGAUCCAGAUGUCAUCAGUUAUAAUGUCCUGCUGGAUGGGCUGCUCCUGGCCAAGGACCUCCCACGGGCAAUGGACUUGCUGAACAGGAUGCUUGACCAGGGGUGUGAUCCAGACACGGUGACAUGCAAUAUUUUCUUGAGGGAGUUUGGAGCUGGAGAGAGGAAGGGGAGGGAGUUCUUGGAAGGCCUGGUUGUGAGGCUAUGCGACAGAAGAAGGAAUAUGGCAGCUGGAGAGGUUUUAAUGGUAAUGCUGGCUAAGUACAUUGUGCCAGAGGCUCCCAUUUGGGAGAUGGUGGUCAGAGAUGUUUGUCGGAGGAAGAGGGUUUGGAGAGUGAUUGACAAAUGUUGGGAUGAGAUUUGGGGGCCUUGAUGAUUUCUUCCUUUAUGAUUUUUCAUUCUUGAUACCAAAGGAGCAUGGAGCUCACAUACUGGAGGUUCUUGACACUCCAUUUGUUGAGUUGCACUUUGGCAGUAUGGGUUUUAUCAUAUUCUGGAUUUCAUCCUACAAUUACUACAUUCCAAAGAAAGACAUGUGGGUGCUUCAGUUGCAUUGCCCUGGAUUCCAUCUUGCUGAUGGUCGAAAAUCAUACAAGUGAAGUGUUUUUAGAGCUUGCUGUUUUACCUAUUUGAAAUUCUGAAAGGUUUUAUCCCUUAGUUACUUAUGUAAUUCCUAUCAAUGGUAAAUUUCUUACUCAUGGUUUACAGGAUUUUACAUUGGACUGGUUGCAGACAGUGACUCAGUGAGCCAGUGAUGCGAGGAGCAUUCCUGAACCUUCUAGUUGCUCUUUUUGCCUUGGAACGUGACAAUGUGUCAGAACCUGAAAUAUAUAACUGAAUUUCUUAGUUCAUAGUACUAUAAAAGAACUACACCUUGUGCUUUGUAUGGCCAAUUCAUUAUGACAGCAUUUUAGGAGUAUAGCUAUGGCUUCUCCAGCAUUCUUGGUUUCAGAGAUAACUAUACAGUGUCUCUUUUUCAUUGACAUGGGUCUUCAUACAUUUGUUUUUGGAUACCAGAGACAUGGGUCUUCAUGAUCAGAUCCUCAUAUUUUUACUUAAUAUUUCAAAAUGUUAGUGGAAGAACUGCUCAUGUGCAAGAAUUAUUCUGAAUAUCUAUAUGGAUGUAACUAGUUAUUGUAAGAUGUAAGUACUUACCUGAGGAAUAGUGUUAUUGGAGAUAAAUUGUUCAUUAUUACAGAUCCUAGCUGCAAUAUAGAUUUCGCACGGAAACACAGUGUGGUACAAAGAUUUAUUUUGUAUGCUUCAGUACUUCCUAAAUAUCAAAUGAUUUUGGAUUGCAGUGAUUUCGAACUUGCUUGCCUCUGUUAUUUGUUUCGUUGUUAACAACAUGCUUGAAAUUUGUUUUGUGGUUCUUAUAAUAUUCCCAAUAUAUUGAAAUUUGUGCUACCCUGACAUGCCCUUUUGUGGUAAUUCAUCAACUUUUUACAGAGAAUUCUCAUCUUUAAAUAAGAGGAUAAUUUCUGUUUGUGAAACUUUUUGCAUCCAUAGAUUAUUAAUUUCUGCUUGAUAUAUAUGAGAACAGCAUCAGAUAAAACAACAAAGUCGGUAGUAUCUGCUGAAUUUUGAUAUCUGAAGUAGAUCAAAUUUAUCUACUGCUGUAUUGCGUGCUUGCCUAGAUUAGUUUAAAGCACCAUUUGGUGCGUGCAGAUCUCUAUUCUCGCUAAUCGCUAUCUUUCAUUGCUUUAGCAGAACAUUUAUUUUACUAUAAAUAGGCUGCUCUGGCAGUUUUGCAUAUAUGCUAGAAUUACCAAGACAUUGCUGUGAUCCAGUACUAGUUCUAACAUACUACUUAAUUAGAGCCUGAUCCUUCUGCAUCACUAGCCUUCAUUGAGAAAUCAUCUUUUGUGCUAUGCCAAACUAUUGACCGUUAAUGAGAUUGUAGUUUCUUGUUUUCACAUAGUAGAUAUUCUUUCUGAAAACUUGAAAAUGUACCAAUUAUUUAUAGGUAUUUAUUGAGUUGUUUGUGCAGGGUGAAAAUAACAUGAACUGCUUUAUUGUGUGUAUAUGAUUCUUUCCUUUAAUCAUGUGCUCGUGAUUUGAUGUGGUCGACACUGAUUGUAGAAUGGCUCAAAAAGAUGGCCUGAGCGAUCUUAGAAAUUUGUCUCCUCAUGUUCUUGUGAGAGGCAGUUUUCCUUCUGUGCAAAACAUGAUUGCUUCAUAUUUCCAACACGCUGCUCUGUCUUUGCAGGCCAUACUUAACAUGUGUGACAAUAUUGGCGGUACCUUAAUCGACAUGAAUGGACCUCUGCCUAUGGCAUACUAAAUGAUCAUGGUGGCACUGCACAUAAUGAACUGCCACGGUUUGCCUUCAGCGGCGUCGUCUACUCAUCUGUGUGCUUCUUGUGAGUUGUGAAGCAUCCAUCCUGACAUUGCGCCAUAUUUCGCAUUGUGGUUAUUAGUAAUAUAGAAGAAAAAAGGGGUCGCAGCUCGUGCAUACAGCAUUCGGAGGAGCAAGGUUAAACCGUUCGAUGGAAUCAUCAUGGAAAUUACCAGCUUUCUGUAUCAUCAUGGAAAUUACCAGCUUUCUGAAUAAGCAGAACAUGAAGUCUACAGUUGUACGGUGUACUUCAUAAAGUCAGAAGCUGCGUAUCGUUUGUUAGGUACAGUGCCAUGUCGAGGCAUUUACUAAGAAGUGGCCCAGGUCAACACUGAUGAGAGCUUUCUUGAAAAGUGGAAACGCGAUGGUUACUCCUUGGCCAAAGGACCGUUCUUCCAUUUCCAUCACAAGAACGGCGCCAACCAUGGAGAUUUAGCUCUCGAGUCAUGUGGACUGCCGUCCAUUUUACAAUGGACGGCGAGCCCUUCGUCGAUGCCUUCUGUGGUCUGAAAUACUUCAUGCCCUGUCAGGUUCCCCAAAUUAUCUGAAUUUUGGCUGUGUACGAUCCGUUUUGGAUGUAGAGACCGGUUUAACCCAUUUCUUUAAAAAAACUGAAUUUUGAUUA